AUGGCACGGACUAUCGCCCAAAGCGAGGUGCUGUCCCAGGAUAAGCACAUUGCGGUCGCCGUUAAGGAGAAAGAGCGCCUGGAAAGCCAGAUCCCGUUUGUGGAGGAGAAGGAUUCCAGACAGAAAUGGUUGGAGUUCCACAACCUCCAGUACAAGGUAGACGAAAGUGAGAAGAACAUCGAAGAUCUCCGAAACGAGCGGAACAGCUUUCAGGAUUGCUUGCAAGCGGCCGAAUUGCAGUCUUCGGAGCUGCAGGCCCUUCGUGACAGAACUCUUCCUGGGCAUAUCUUCUUCUUGGACGGCCAGUUGAAGGCGGAAGUCGAGAUUGUCACGGCAGCCCCUCCCUCUUGGAAAAGGAGUUCGACAAUGAUUCGGAGGAGGAGGACUGCCUGCCGCCUUUCUUCAGUGGCUCCUCGGACCAGGCGUCUGGCAGCCACACCACUCUCGCCAAGCAGUCAUACACUCCCGAGAUGCUGCAGGAGAUCUUCCAGCGACAGUUGA